GACUGUUUGUUUCAGCCUCUUAAUGGUUCAGAUGUCUGAAUGGUUAAGAGAUUUGCCUCUGAAUGGUUAAGUAUUAUACAGAGUCUGAAUGGUUAAGACCUCUUAUCUGAAUUGAUCAGACAUUUGCCUCUGAAUAGUUAAGCAAUAUACUAGCUCUUAAUGAUUCAGACCUCUUAGUGGUUCAGCACUUAAUAGUUCAGACCUCUUACUGAUUCAGCACUUACCGAUUCAGAAGUUGCCAAACAGCCCCUUAGUCUGAUAAAUACAUCGUCCUUCCAGUACUCAGUAGCCAUUGAAAUUAGGGUUUUUAUUUUUCUCGAAGUCUUUUUUCUCUCAAUCUCAUAAAUAAACGCAGGGUUCGUCUUUGAGAAUUGAACAUUCUGCACAACAUGCACUUAUUAAAGGGAGCAUGGGCUGGGCACACAUUUUCAGUUUCUGCGUGCAAUGAUUCCGGGGGACGAAAGGCAAGGAUAAGGCGCUCGAAGGAAGAGAGGAAAUCUAUGGCCGAAACCUUUAUAAAGACUUAUCAGAAAUCAAAUAAUGGGAAUUUUCCUUCUCUGACUCUUACACACAAGAAUGUUGGUGGCUCUUUCUACACUGUAAGGGAAAUUGUUCGGGAAAUAAUUCAAGAAAAUAGAGUUUUAGGUCCUGCCACAUUUCCCUCGGAAGAGCAGAAUGAAGAAAUUCCAUUCUUAUCCUUUCCUGUUGAACCUCAAUCUUCUUUGUCACUUAAAGAUGCCAUGCACUGCCAGAGUACAAUCAAUGGAGAUGUUUUAGAUUCUAAUGGGCAGCUUCAUAGUAGUAGGUUCAGUAAGCAACAGUCAGAUGAUGAACAAGUGGUUGUUGUUACUAGUAGUGACCUAAUAGGACAAGGCAGACUUGAAGAUGAACAACCUUCUCAGUAUAUUGUGAAAUCUGCUGGAUCAGAUGGAAGAGGCCUCACAGCUGAGAAAGUCGAAGCAUCUCUAGAACCAUUGUAUAUAGAGGCAUCAUCAGUAAAGGAAAGUGUAAGAGAGACAAAAGAAUUCAAAGUAUCAAACACAGGACCCACCCUUAACCAGUCAGAUGAUGAACAAGUGGUUGUUGUUACUAGUGACAUUAUUGAACAUGGCAAACUUGAGGAAGAACAAUAUCCAUACCAUAUUGUGAAAUCUUCUGAAUCAAAUGAAAGAUGCCUCACAGUCGAAACAUUUGAAAGAUCUCAAGAGCCAAUGUAUAUAGAGUCAUCCUUAGUGAAGGAAACUGUAGGAGAGACCGGAGAGCUCGAAGUAUCAAAUGCAGGACCCACCCAUAGCCAGUCAGAUGAUGACCAGGUGGUAGUUGCUACUACCGACAUAACUACACAAGACAGACUUGAAGAUGAACAACCUUCACAUUAUAAUGUGAAUUCCUCUGAAUCAGAUGGAAGAUGUCUCAUGGUUGAGAAAGUUGAAGCAUCUCAAGAACCAAUGCAUAUAAAUUCAUCAUCAGUAAAGGAAAGUGAAGGAGAGACAGAAGUUGAAGUAUCAAAAGCAGGACCCACAUGUAAAAUUGCAGAUGUAUUGGUUGAAAAGUUUCCUCUACGGCCCAUUUCUAUGGCAUUUGACGACUGGGAUGAAAAAUUGAUUAGUCAAACAAAUGGUUUAACAUUGGAAGUGAAUGCAGACAUGAUGAAGGAGGCAGUGGAAUCAUCUUUGGAAAGUAGUUCAACUUCUUCCACAGCUACUGCAACUGACAUCAAACUAAUGGAUUCAUCUUCUGAAACUAAGAUUCAAGAAGUCGAGUGGAGCACAGAAAGCAAUAGAGAAGAAGAAGAAGAAGGAGAUAGCAGCAGCAGCAUGAAGGUUGAGAAGAAAGGGAAAAAAUAUCAUCUUUCUCCUUCUUCUCUUCCACUGGAUAGAAUCAAUCUUGAAACAUGGAAAGGGACAGCAGCAGAGACAAGCACCAAACAUGAAAACAACCCACUUUUGGCUUUAUUCAAGUCCUUCAUUUCUGCCAUUGUUAAUCUUUUGCACUGAAGAUUUUAAAAAAAGAAAAAAAGAAAAAAAAAAGAAAAAAGACUUCCCUUUGAAGGGCAGUUCUCAUCAUCCUAUUCAUAUGUGUUUCAGUUAUUUACCUUUAUGCCUUUCAUUGUCUUUUGAUAAUCUGUUAUAUAUAUGCAGAGAUGAAACAGUGUAGACAUGGAUGAUGAUCUUUGGUCACAUGCUUUCAUUAAU